CGGUCUCAUUUCGGUCACACUGACAUGGACAUCAAAACAUUGGAUACGGAACUUGUGGAAAUUCAUCCAAGAACUUCGUAUUUAAGUGCUCAAGAACUAAUUGCGCAUCGUCGCACGGAGUUUGAAGCUCUGAGUGGAGGUUUAAAACGUACAGAAAAUGAAGGAACUGAGUUGGAACUUGAGGAGCUUAAACAAGCCCAAGAUUAUUUAAGAGCUCAAUUAUCAGUGCCCCGCAUAGAAAGAUAUGGAGGAAGAGCUCUUGCCAUUUGGAAUGAAGAGCAACAAGUGGCAGAAGUCAUACGAAAGGAUGGGAAGUUCGAAAAUUUCGGAUAUAGUGAACAUGGAAAGCUCUAUUUGGAAUACUACGAGGCCUUGUUCUUACUGGAACUGGGUCGGCUACAACUGGAGUUCUAUGGUUCAGUAGUUUCGAUAGAACAAGCUUAUGUUCUGCUUCUUGGAAAGUUGGAAAGCGAAAGGUUCAGCCAUUACCUGGUUUAUUCCGCAUUAUCCCGUGCUGGCUAUAUAGUCGUCAAACACACGCCGCCUGAAAAAACAUCAGAGACAGUAACCAGUGAAGAUUGUGUUUGGGCAAUUCUGAAAGAGAAACUGGGAAAUCAACAAGUGCCGGAUCACAUUAAAAUUUCACCUUUUUACUCGGUAAUAAAAAAACAAAUGGAAGACAUGAGGGAACAAAUUGUGUCUCAAAGGCAAGUACAGCCAGAUAUCACAGAAGAAUCCAUAGAUUUCAAAUUCAACGGCAGAAAGCAAAGAGCAAGUAAAGAUCUAAUCGAAGAACCUGCUAGCAAAAAAAUAAAGUUUUCCAUAACCGGUCGAAGUCUAGUGGAUCACCUUAAAGAAGAUUAUUCAUAUUCCAAAUUUGAAAAGAUCUUUGAAAAGUUUGAUAUUGUGCAACUUGAAAGUCAAGGCUUUGCCAAAAGAGAAGACAUAAAACCCUCUUCUUUCAAAAUAACCUUUGAUCUGCAUCUUCACAACGAUGGUUUUAAGAAGAGCUUACCAAAGCCACCCAACUUUAAUGUAAUCAUUCUUUCAAAUCAAGAGGCUUUUCCUACUCAUGAUGAAAUUUCAAAGAUUCAGAAUCAGAAUCUUCACACCGCACCAUUGCUUGUCGUAUCCGUUAGUGAAUCCAAACAGAUACAGGCCUUUUUAUACUAUAUAAGUUGAUGAUUACCA